GCUGUCAAAUGAGUUUGACACCCCUGCUUUAGGGUUCCUCGCUUAGGCAGUGGAGCUAAAAGGCCAGAAGAUGGCAUCAUUUCUGCACAUUGCCGGUUUCAGUACAGUACACUGAACCCUUUGACACAUUUGCUGAAGUCAUCCACCCUCCUCCCCUCUGAUGUAAGGUUGUUUUGUCCAGCACUAGCGUUUAUGACGCAUGAAACGCAAAAACAUAACUAUUUACUCUUGUGAAGUGGCGUUUUUAUAAACGUUUUGAACUAUUCUACGCUUAUUCGUCUUUUGGUUUGCAUUAAAAUGCCUGCAAAUGCAGUCACUGAUAAACCGAUAAACCGCCUGCUGCCCGGUUGUGCGUUGCACUGAAACGAGAUGAAAGAAUCACUGGGUUAAAAAUACACCACGACUAUGCUUACAUAACAAUUGGGACGUCAGAGUUGUUUGUUUACAAGUGGUUAGUGGCACCAUGCUAAAUGCACACGAACAAGCCAGAGUUAAUGUUGCAAAUCCACACAAAUCAAUAUCUCAAGAGAAUUCUGCACAUUUAUAAAUGUUUUUUCAGUGUAGGUAGCUAUCACGUGGCAGACCUUGCACUGUUUUGAUGAAGUCGAUGUUUCAAUGGCCGUCGACGGAUCUUGUUUGUCUCCGGAAUAAGAGGUAAGUACAAGGGGCGGGGCUUUCCAUGUUUGAAUUAUCGAGAGAGCCAAUAGGCUGCCGAGGAGCUGGAAGAUGGACAGGCACGCCCCCCUAUGACUCAGGGUUCUCCUGUGGUUUUAGAGCGGCGCGUCACAUGUUGUUUUUCUCCACAACAAGAUCAGUCCUACGCUUCUCUUGCCUGCGCCUUUUCUUUUAUUUUUAUUUUUACUUUGAAAACAGCGGACUCGCCUGCCAUGGAUUAAAUGAACGUGGCGUCGUCAUAUCUUUGAUUUGGCUUUUUCGAAUUGAGCGCAUUGACGUGCUCGGUGACAAGAGAUGGCAAGUCCUCCGGGGGCGACGGGACACCUGUUAUCUAAUGGCGUCAAUGGGGUAAAGAAGUGCGGCUACUUGAGGAAGCAGAAACACGGACACAGGCGCUUUUUCGUGCUGAGGGAGCCCGCCGACCGCUCGCCGGCCCGGCUGGAGUACUACGAGAGUGAGAAGAAAUGGCGGAACAAGGGCGCCGCCAAACGAGUGAUAAGUUUGGACUCCUGCCUCUGCGUCAACAAGCGGGCGGACGCCAAACACAAACACCUGAUCGCCCUCUACACCAAGGACGAGUACUUCGCCGUGGCCGCGGACAGCGAGCAGGAUCAGGAGAACUGGUACGUGGUUCUGACCGAUCUCCUCGCCGAAGGCAGGGUGUACGACAGCCCCGCUUCCACCUCCUCCCUCGUCGGCUUUGAAGAGGCCAACUAUGGAAUCGUGACCCCAGCGACGGCGGCGUACAAAGAGGUCUGGCAGGUCAAUUUAAAAUCCAAAGGUCUGGGUCAGGUGAAGAACCUCACGGGAGUUUAUAGGCUUUGUUUGUCCAGCCGAACCAUCAGUUUUGUGAAGCUGAACUCCGAGAUGGCCGCGGUGUGUUUACAGCUCAUGAACAUCAGGAGAUGCGGCCACUCGGACAGCUUCUUCUUCAUCGAAGUCGGCCGAUCGGCAGUCACCGGGGCCGGGGAGUUCUGGAUGCAGGCUGAGGAUUCCGUGGUGGCCCAGAACAUCCACGAGACCAUCUUGGAAGCCAUGAAGGCCAUGAAGGAGCUCUCCGAGUUCCGGCCCAGGAGCAAAAGCCAGUCAGCCAGCACCACCCCCAUCUCCGUGCCCACAAGACGCAACCUCGGUAACUUGCCCCCAAGUCAGACGGGCCUGGUGAGGAGAUCCAGAACAGCCAGCGCGGCCGCCACAUCUCCAGUGAGGAAGUUUACAUCCUGCAGGGUGAGAACCUCCAGCGAGGGCGACGGAAGCGUGCCGCGCCCCGUGUCCAUGACAAUGCCCGCGAACGGAAGAGCCGCCAGUCCGAAUGCUGGCGCUCAACUCAGCAGGUCCAGCACUCUGAGCGAUGGACGCACCUGCAGGAUGCUUGAAGCGACCUCCAACCUGCAUCAAAGCCUGUCCAUGCCAAGUUCCCCUCCCGCCGCCCCCAGCCCCAUCAGCAUGUCACCCGGACAGGAUCUCUCCACUCCCAACAAGGCCGGGCAAGCCUACAGUUGCAGCGGGUCCCUCGGCGACGCCGGCUUCUUGCUAUGCGACGAUUACAGCUGCAGUCCAGUUGAAGCGAAGUUCCCCCCCCUGACCCGCAGCGACACCCCCGACUCCCUGUCAAGCACCCCUUCCUCCCGUGACACGAGUGACCCUUGCGGCUACAUGCUAAUGCUGGCCGCAAAGUCCAGGGCGGGUGGCGAAGGGGCGGCGAUGGAUAAAGCUUACAGGAAGCGAACGCACUCCCUCACCACGCCACGUCAGCAGAAAGCAGCGGCGCCGCUGUCUUCCGCGUCCCUGGAUGAGUACACCCUCAUCCAGGCCCGUGACGGACACAACUCUCAUUCGGCCUCACCUAAAGUCUGCUAUCCGGAAGAUUAUGGCGACAUCGAGAUUGGCUCAUCCAGAAGCUCGAGUAGUAACCUCGGCGACGACGGCUACAUGCCCAUGACGCCGGGCGUGGCGCCGCACUCCGGCAAAGUCGACAACUACGUGCCCAUGAGCCCCAUGUGCGUCUCGGCGCCAAAACAGAUUGUGAACCCCAGAGUGCACCCUCAUGGGGCGACCAGCCGGGGCUACAAAACCGGCUCCCCCUCCAGCAUCUCACUGGAGGACAACGGCUACAUGCGAAUGUGGUGCGGCUCCAAGUCGUCUGUGGAGAGCCCAGACAGGCACGGGGAAUACAUGAACAUGUCACCCGGUAAUCCACCUGCACUCCAGACCCCCCCUGACUACUACAUGGGUUUAAUGGCGGGAGAAGCGACAUCCGUGAGGCCGGCGUACCUGCCCGGCCACCUCUCACUCCCGGCUAAAGUCCAAACCUCCAAGAAUGACGACAACAACCAGUAUGUGUUGAUGAGCCCACAAAGUUCGAGGCAGAGGGCGGCGGACACGGACUACUAUUCGGUGAUGCAACCUGCCGCAGCUCAGGACUCGCCGCUGAGCCCUCCAACCGCCUCCCCGGCGAGACACGGCCGACCCGCCAACCAGACCCACAGGGGGAGGCUCGGCAGGCCCAACAGGCUGUCCCUGGAAACGCUCAGGACCCUGCCGAGCAUGCACGAGUAUCCCCUGCCCGCGGAGCUCCCGGGAGAAUACGUCAACAUUGAUUUCAGCGGCACCCGAAUCUCUCCGCCUUCGACCGAGUCGGCGGGGAGCCAGUCGUCAUCGCUGAGCUCUUGUGACGAGGGGUCCAGGAGGCCCUGUCUGACGUCUUACAUCAAACUUGACAUGGCCUUGCACCGGCCCAAUGAGGAGGCUGACGCUCUUGCCGCAGAACACCCGGAGACGCUCCCGGAUCUCUCCUCGCGGCCCAGCUCGGAGGAGGAUGGGGUGUACCGUUUGGAUGGGCCCAAACAGCCAAGAGAAGGCAAACCGGGCCAAAAUGACUAUACGCAGAUGACGUUUGGGAUGACAAGCUCACCCCCUCAGCUCGUUCCUCAAGUAACAACGGGUCAGAGCAGCAGAGGGAGAAGGCAUUCACUGGAGGAGCCGGCCGUCCCAGAAGAAAUCGGCGUUUUCCUCCUCGGGGCUGCCUCGUCAUCCAUACUGGACCCCGACUGCUCCGCCAAGGUGAUCCGCGCCAACCCGCAAGGACGAAGACGCCACAGCUCGGAGACCUUCUCCACCAUGGCGACCGUGACGCCCGUCUUCCCUUCGUUUGCCCGCGGCGAGACGGGGAAGAGGCACAGCUCCGUGGAGAACAUCUCCUCGCGGAGCAGCGAGGGCUCCGACGAGGAGUGCGGCAGCCCCGUCAGCCGACACGGCUCGGCCGCUUACCCGAACGGACUCAACUACAUUGCCUUGAACCUGCUGGACAACAAAUGUGAUGAGCUGGUCGGCUUCAAACCGGUUAGCAGCUGCAAACAGGGUAUCGGUGGAUUACACAGCACGCCAUAUGUUUGCUUGGGCUUCAAGGAGUCUGCAACUACUGCCACAGAUUGAAGCAGUCAACUGACCUCGUGAUCGUGACCCCUUUUACCUCUGCGGCCCCAAGGGAUGGCAUGCAAACCUCAGCGCUUCAUGAAAACGCACACACACACACAAAAGACACACGCACGCACGUCUACAGGCUACAGGACGCCUCCAUUUAUGCAUGUUGGGAGUUAGCUUGGGGUAUGAAGUGUGUGUGUGCGUGUGUGUGCGGCGUGCGUAAUGGAGCAACAACUCAGUCAGUGAACACUGUUACUGUGAAACGUGACAAGCAGGAGUGUGAGACGUACACUGAGUACAGAAUUAUCUUGGAUGAGUUUAUUUAUUUCCCGAGGACGAAUGUCGAAUUGGUCCCACCCGAUGCCUUAACACGCCGAUAAAAUUCUCUCUGUGUUCAGCGAAGCAGAAGGAAAUAUGCUCUUGCCGUAUGUCUGUCUGAACUUCUAUAUUAUUAUUCACUUGGGAGAGUAGUAUUAUUUACAGAAAAGUACAUUCAAAGUAUUUUCUUAAUUUGCUAUUUAUUCUCACUAGAUUAUUUUUUUAUCCAAAGUUAAGGAAAUAUAUUUCUAAAUAUACAAAGUUCUAUCUGAGCUCCGUGACAACCAGGCGUUGCAAUGCACUGCCCUACCGACCUUUUUCCUUUGGGUCCCCGUGAGCCCGCGGGCCCGAUGUUUGCGCGUGCGGGGCGCCGUCCUGCGACGAUGCCGCCGAACGUUACAAGAGUGUGCGAUGUCUAAGUGGGGCUGUACUCGAAAGGCGGAAACAUCUGGCACCACCAUGGAAACUCUCGGGGGAGUCUGCUGCGUGGAACGUUGAAGGAAGUGAAGCGGGGCGUUCUCCCGACUGGUCUCGGCGGCAAAAUUCUUUCCGAUACAUGACGUCGUAAUCGGCGACAAAGCGCAAACCUAGCAAUGGCGACGGGCCAAUGCAACAAACAUCGUAUACCGAUUACGCCUCCCGACGUUAGCUUCG